UUUGUUGAACUGUGUACUGCAGGUUUCAGUCUUCUGGUGGAAGAUACAGAAAGUAGAGUAACAAAAUCAGGAAGAAAAGAAAAUAUAAUUAAUGGCUUCUUAUAGUCAGAUUUUGUUUCUCGUAAUUUUAAUCUCACUUACAUUAAGAUGUCAAUCAUGGGGUUGGUUCUCUUCUUCAACAGAGACUCUCUCCACUGAUAAUUCACAGACAAACGGUUUGCCCCGUGGUUCUGUGGUGGAAUUUUCUAUGAAUGGUCUUAGUGAUGGGAAGGGGAUGAAACUGGUCGAAAAAGCCGAAAGGAAAAUGGUUGGCACGAAUUCUUGUUGGCAGAAUGCUUACCAGAAUCUCUUUGCCGGCUGCUCGCAGAUUCUCGCCGUCGAGGAGAAGCGGUGGAGAUUUGCUUGGCACCUUAGUGAUUGCUUUCAAAAGGACUCUGGACGGCCAGCUUUCCCUUAUUGUGACACAAAAUCUGCCAUGGUUAAUUGUCUCGAAAGGUUGAAUGACAAUGAGCACAAGGUUUAUCUUGAAUUCUCACUGGAAACCAAUUCUAUCUGCUAUCAGUUACAGGCCCAUGCCUUCAACCAUAAAAUGGAGAGACUGGUGAAUGAUCUUAAAAAUUCAGCAGAAUACACGGAAGAACAGUUAGAAAUUAUUGAAGGAAAAACACAUGUCCUGUUGCAGAGAUCGAAUCAAAUUCAGGAUUCAUUGAUUUCUAUUGAUAUUCAGGUUGAAAAUGUAGCUCAAACAACGAAAGAUGCAAAGGAUCACAUGGAUGUUUUAUCUAAGCACUCUGAAGCUGUUUAUAAACAUUCCAAGGAAAUUGCACAUUCUCAAUCAGAGCUGCAAGAGGGACAAGCAAAAAUGAAUGAAAAUUUGAAGGAAGGGAUGUCGAUGCUUCAUGAUGCUUACACCAAUCUGGGCCAAGAAGUAGACAAUGUGAGAAACGAAGCUGUGGAAAUAGAGAAGCAGAUUGGCAGAGUUGGAGACACAAUGUCUUCAAAGAUGGAAACUUUACAAAACUCAGCUGAUGACAUUGAGAACAUGGCUGGGAAGUCCUUGGAUAAACAGAAACAACUUCUAGAUGGGCAAUCCAAUGCACUUAAGGGUCUUCAACUCCUAACUCAAUUUCAAUCAGAAGCACUAGAAGAGAGCAGGAGUACGCUGCAACACUUUGCUGAAUAUGGCCAUAAACAGCAGGAAGAGCUUCUUCAGCAACAAGAACAACUUCAAAAGGUCCAUGACCAUUUGGUAGAAAAUUCAAAUUCAAUAUUGGCCACUCAGGAAGCUUUCGAAUCAAAGCAAGCAAGCAUGUUCAUUGCUCUGGAGAAGCUGUUUGCUUUGCAAAACGCUAUGUUGCUUGAAUCGCGAAUAAUUAAAGCUUUCAUCCUCUACACUGCAUCAAUCUUUAUCGUUUACAUGUUCACCAGUACAAAGCAAACAUAUACCAUAAGAGCGAGGCUUUAUGUUGGUCUUGCUGCCACGUUUCUGGUAGAAGUAGCAAUGCUUCGGCUCACAACAAAUAGUAUAGAACGACAAACAUGGCUAAUCAAUGUGUUCAGGUUACUCUAUGGGAUUCUUGCCUCUAUUCAGUUUCUACAUGCCAUUUUCACAUACAGGGAUUAUGAAGUUUUGAAUCAUCACUUGAUAUUAAACCUAAUGGAUAAGAUUAAUGUCAUGCAAAAAACUAGAGAGUUAUCAUGGGAAACAGAUAGUGAUGUUGACUGGUCUUCAUGGAUUCAAACUGAGUUAGCAGAAGGGGGUGACAAUUUGGAAGACCCUGACUUUAUGGUUCCAGAAGAAGUUGCAGAGAAUUCAAUUACUGCUUCCAUGACAAGAAAGUAUGAUCUUCGCUGCCGCCAGCGUCGGUGAAAAUUUCUCGAUUUCUACUAAUAGUUCAUGACUAAUGUUUUCUUCCCCAUCAAUUCCUGGUUAUUUUUAUCCUUUUCUUUACUUGAACACAUCUCUGUAAAGAUGGUAUAAUUAUGUUUGCAAAUGCAACAUAUUUAACUUUA